GAGUGUACACGGCCAACAUGGAGCUGCUAUGGAGUACUAUUUUCGUCUUGAUCGCCGCCUGUCACAACCUUGGGAGAGCCGCUCCCACUUUCGAUGUCAUGAAGGAUCUUGACGCUGGAAAGUUUUCCUCCGCGAGAUGGUGGGUGACCCAUCGAGGGGGACGACUCCACGAGGGUCAUCUCGACCGGUGUCUGGUGCUGUCCCUGAGCCGGCGCUUCAACGAUCAGAAGCUCUACGUGGAGAUAGAUCACGAGAAUUCGGGAGCAAUCGACCAAGCGUACUUCCCAGCAAGCAUCGAUUCUACCGGUCUACAGUUCAGCAUGGAGAAUGGAGAGAAUGUCAGGAUAGACAUCAUUCACACCGACUACGAGUCAUAUACCAUAGGUUAUUUGACCCUGGCCAAGAGGAGUGAUGAGUUCCUCGUUUUGUACGCGAAUGUGCCGAAGCCGGACGGAGAGCUCCUCGAGAAAAUGAAAUCGAAGCUGCUGGAGAUCACGGGGGUGGGCGUCGACGCUCUUCAAAUUGUUGACAAUGACAAUUGUCCAGAGAAGGUCAACAAGGAACCUUGA